UCAUUUUCUGUUAGUCGAUAAGCGUACGGCGGCAGCGCCGUCACGCUGCCCGUUUGUAAAUAGAUUUAGAAUAAAUGUACAGUAGUAAAGUAAAGAUUGUGUAUUUCGCGGUGAGAAAAGAAAACUCGUCCCUGGGCCUUAAUUGCCCUCUCGUGAUGCCAAAGGUCGAAAUUAGAACACAACGUAGGGCCGUGCGCGAUCAUAUUUGGUGCCGUGACCAGGAUUGCGCCUAUUUGGCAUCACCCGCGAGUGUUCGAGCGCCAAUUUUUACUAACGGGACGUCACCCGCAUCGAGCUAAACCUACACGGCUAAGUAAAGUGUUAAAGUUUUUUACGUUUACGAUUUAUCCCUCACGCGUUGAAUGUGAGCCGACAGUCGGUAGUCGGCAGGGAAACAAAGCCACCAAUUUUGCCGUAACGCAAUGGCAACAAGAACAAUCAAAAAUGUGUGGUGAGUGGAAACAAAAGCUAUUUGUACGUAGAAAAUUGAGUGGAUUUCGGACUACAAGGUUGUGUGAAGAUCAAACGAACGAAUUUUACCAAUUUGCAACCGAUAACGUGAAAAGUAGUGUGAAACAUCUUCGGACAAUAAUUCCCGUGCGCCACUCAGUGCGGAGACAGCGACGCACAAGCAGUAGAGUUUUACCGUAACCGUGCCGUCCACUAGUUUCAAGGAAUGCUGAUCAACGGGACGAAUCGACUUUCAUCCGUUUCAUCAUGGGUAGCCACAAGCUAAAGGUGGCCAGGUGGUUCCAGUAACCGAUGCCUCUAGGGGUAGCGCGUUUAGGUCAACUGCGGCGACCGAAAACUGCUGCCCCACAAUCCUGCUUAGUUAAGUAUUCAUUCUUAUCUGCAACAAUGCAGUACGUUUACGCUGUGAUAAUUUUCAGUUCACGUCAGUUACCUGACUGUUUUCAACGGAGUUAAACCUCCACCCGGACCGCUGCGUCUACGAGUUUUCGGAGUCGGACCUCCGCCUGGACCUCUGCGUCAUUAUGUGUGUUUGGAGCCGUGCCUCCCCUUGGAUCCAUGCGUCCCCGCCAUGGAAUGGUUAGCAGCCGUGCCUGCUUUCGAUGGAGCUGUGUAUUCAUCCCGGACCCACGCGUCUGUACAAAGUGAUGUUUAUGGAAUAGUGCCUCCAUUAACGGACCUGUGCGUCCACGCUGUUUUCGGAGCCCUGCCUCCACCCUUUCGGAGCGAUACCUCCAGGAGCCUAGCCUCCUUUGUGUAAAUAUUCGGAGUCGUACCUCCACCCUUCGGAGCCCUGCCUCCUCGUGUUGAUAUUCGGAGCCGUGCCUCCACCUGCCGGACCCCUUCAUUCGGAAAACGUUGAAACCCAUAGGGUUUCAAGGGGGGGAGUAUGUUCGCGCCAAAAGUCCCGCCUCAGAUGGGCACGACUGUAAGUCGCCCACCACACCACCACACAGGCUGAGGCCCAAGCGACGCCGACUUGUGCGCGCUUAUUCCAAGCUUUGUUCUGGCUCGACAAUGCUGCCGUUCGAGAGGCAGCCUAUAGAAGCGCUCUCCACAGCAGCGUUAGUGUUCAUUUUCUGUUAGUCUCUAGUGUUCAUUUUCUGUUAGUCGAUAAGCGUACGGCGGCAGCGCCGUCACGCUGCCCGUUUGUAAAUAGAUUUAGAAUAAAUGUACAGUAGUAAAGUAAAGAUUGUGUAUUUCGCGGUGGGAAAAGAAAACUCGUCCCUGGGCCUUAAUUGCCCUCUCGUGAUGCCAAAGGGCGAAAUUAGAACACAACGUAGGGCCGUGCGCGAUCAACUUCCUUCGAAGAAAUUGUUGGUUUCCUUAUAGCAAACAACAUUUUAGAACAUUGAAAAAUUGUAGAAAAUCAUUAUAAAAAGUAAAAUUAAAAACAAUUGAUUUUGGGGGUGAUCUUUAGAAAACUCCACAAAAGUCCAUUUAAAAAGGUAGAUAGAAGUAUGAUCUCUUCAACAAACUCGUUUCUUUUCAAAAGUGCUACAACUUUGUAGAACAAAGUGGAUUUUUAUAUUCCAAAAUGAGAAAAAUAAAAUUCGUUUUUCACUGUUAAGUGGAUUAAUCACAAAGUUGCAACUUAUAUAACAUGGAGAAUAAUUAUUAUAACAACUUUGCUGAAGACACUGUGGCUCUCGAGAUCAAAGUAUGAAGGAAUAAUACAAAGGCAUCAAAUUCUUAUGAUCUCCCUUAGCUUCCACCAUCGCGUUAGGAAACUUCAUUUGGAAAAAGAAUUCAAUUAUGUCUGCUAAAUAAUUUCGAAAAAGACUUAGAAGCAGGGUUAUUCCCAUCUGCGAAUCGAGAUGAAAAUCAGAAAAACAUUUAAAUCAAAUCUGUGAAUAUUCGGUAAUUGGAUUAAAGAAAAUCAACCGACACUUCGAAUAAACGAUUUGAAAAUUAAAAACAUUAAAUAUCGCGUAAAAAAAAAUUUUACGAAACCACGUUGAUUCUGAGACCCGCGUUAAUUCUACGUAAAAAACGCGCUAAUUCCGAAAUUCGCGUAAAUUCUGAAAUUCGCGUAAAAAAUUGUUUUGCUAUCGUUAACGCAAAAGGGCAAAAUUUGCGUGAUUGAAGAUCGCAAAAUUGCUCUUCUACAUUUUCUAGUUCAAUUUGAUCAUAUGAUGCAAUGGAUUUGAAUAAGCCUUUAAAACACAUUUCAUACAAAAUUCUAUAAUACGUACCAAUAGAAAAAUAUGAAACAUCUUUAGGAAAUUUUUAGAGAAAUGUUGACCUUGAAAAUUUUUUAAUCGUCUGGAAAAAAUAGAAGUUUAUCACAGAAACCUUAAGCUAAGACAAGACGCGACAGCUGGCUUCUUAUUUUUCUUUUCGUAACGGCCGUCAUCCCCGUCGAAAUUUUUUUGAACGUUCCAUACCGUUGAUGCCAGAAUGAUUAUUUUUAACAACUUCUGCAGGUCAAUGAAAAUAAAACAAAUUAAAAUUGCAAUAUAUAGGCGAAUAAUACUCAAUUCUUAUUUAUUAUUUUAUGUUCAAUAAAGCAUACUUCUAUUAUCAAAUUUUUUCUUCCUAAGUUUCUUGGUACCCAAAUUUUUUCUUUCUAAGUUUCUUGGACUUCAACCGAAAUAGUAAUAAACGAUUAAUCAAUGCAUUUUUCAAGUUAUAACAGUGAAAUACAUUACUCGGUAAUAUUAUGUACCUUGCAUACUUUUGCAUCAUUAUUUAUGAACAAUUAUAAUAGCUGCAUAGAUGAAGAAAAAUUAUAAUAGCUAAAUUAUGACUCUCCAGCAUCACUGCUUUACAGUGAAAAGUAACCUCGUUGUAUUUUCUACGUGACGAUUGCGUUAUCGAAUUCAGCCAAUCAGCAACCGGUUCAAAUUGGUUGAAUGUAACGGUGACCAGCUGUCAGGUCUUGUCUUAGACCUUAAGCCAACUGGAUGUCGCAUUAGCAUUUGCGAACAAUAUUCAGAAUGAGUAUUAGUUUCCGUGUCUUCGGUCAAGCAGAAACGGUAACCCUCUAGGAAGGAACACAAAUAAAUCAACAAUAUUUCUCUAUGUAUAUUAUAUACAACAAGGAACAAAACGUUGAGCGAGGUGAAUUGGAUUCACCACUAUGGUGAAGGAGAGAGAGAACUGAAAUAGAGCAAACAUCCCAGCAACGACUCAGCGCUGACUGAUUGCUGCUAUAGUGCGGCUACUGCACCAGCCCGCUUGGGUGCGCAACUUUUUCUCAUUUCGUUUAGUUCGUUUGUAGCAUUGGCUGGGAUAGCGUGAUCUGCGACCUGUAUGAGGUUGAUAUAAUAUUUUUUCACAUCGGAUGGUCGAAAUCGUUCGAUUAUGGCAGAGCUUGCUGAUCGAGAACGCGUCAAUCAAGAGCUUCGUGCUCACGUCCAUGCACAAUUCGAGCAUACUAGAGACCUUAUAUCAAAUUAUCAAGGUCCCGAGAGUCAGAAAGCGAAGUUUGUUCGUUCACUCUCUAAAAUGGAAGGAUUGGCCAGCGACCGGAGUAGACGACUUAAAUCCGACACGUUGCGAAGAUUGCUAGAUAACACUCAGACUCUGAUCAGUAAAAUAACAUUUAGUGUAGAAUCUUCAGAGAUUGUUGUCGCUCAGGUAGAAGCAUUGCCCACUGAAAAUGUUGAUUCAGGAGUCCAACAUGCAGUAUCAUCUUCGGGAGUUUCCGAAGAAGCAAAUGCAAAAGAUGCGGUAAACCCCGAGCGUUCCGCUGCUGCUAGGAUAUCGCCGCCAAAAGAACAAGCAACUUCUCCUGUAAAGCAAACUGAUAACCUUCCGAUUGUUUUACAAGAAGUAAUCUCCGAAGAAGCGAAAUUAAAACAGAAACCACAAAUUCCAUGGAGAACACCCGAUCGUUUGGAGUCAAAUGAUGCGCAAGAACCAUAUGCAAAAGAUAUUGUUAGUUCUAGCAAAACAGGUACGAAAUCGUCGAGUGUAAAAGAGCCAUUCCAGAUUUGUGAACCCGAGCGUCUAGCGCUUCGGUAUCCAAUGAAAACAAAAAAACGAGCUGCAGAGGAUGAAGCAGACGUUGAUAUUCAGUUUAAAAAACCAUUACCGAUGCCAUCAGAAUCACAUAAGCCGUUGUUCCAGCGACGGCAUCAACUUCCUCCAACACAGCCUGUUUAUAGCAAACGAGAUCCACGAAAUUACGGCGACUAUUGCCGCCGUCGUCAGAUGCAGUUACAAAACAGGGUUCGCUUCGAAAAUCAAAAUCAACAGUACUACCGUCAUUCUCCAACAGCAGUUACUCGGGGUCCUGCAGAAAUAUCAAACACGUUUGUUGUUCCAGCUCCAGUUCCUCCUACACCUCCUACACAAAUUAUUCCCUCAAAUGCAAUUGUCACACAACGACAGCCAGCCUCUAGAAUUGUAACUGCGCCAAUAGCUGCGCAGCCUUUGGGAAGUCCGGCAGCAACUAAUUCUACUGCGACUGUCCGUUCAGAGCAUAGAAAGACAAUUAAUCCUGUCUAUUCCAGCAAUGAGCCAAUUGCUCUUGGGAAAAAAGAACAAUCGAAGAAAAUUGUGCCACACUCAAAAGUUGUGGAAAAAGCUAAAGCUGACGAACCCAAAAAAAAUGAGCGGCGUAGAGCUGAUGAGUUGUUGAAGACUGAUGAUACUGCCACAAAAUCAUCAGAAAAAUCGCGAAUAAUUGAAGGUAAAGUGACAGAAAAAGUUCAAAAUGUAAAAGUAAAGACAAAAGUUCAGGAUAAGAAUAAACAGAACUCUAUUAAUGUCAAGCAAAACACUUUAAAAGAGAAUGAUUUGGCGGGUCAAAAUAAGUUGAUGGAUUUGUUGAAGGAAAUUGGCGAUGAGGAUAAAGUUAACAGAAUUUUGAAUUUAAUGAAAAAUAAGUCCGAUGAUGAAAUAACGGAGAAAGAAGUGCCGCUUACCAAAAAGGUAUCUUCAGUAACUAAAACCAAAAACCUGGUCAAAUCUGGUAGAAAAAUGAAGCGCGUUCAAACGAUACUGGAUGAUUCAUCGUCAGAGGAUGAAACAGUUGAGAAACUGUCACCAAAAAAGGAUCAGAAAAAAGACAAAUCAAAAGUCGCCAAACGUACCGGUGCUGGAAGCCGGGAAUUGAACCAGUUAAUAGAAAACAGCCUCGAAUGGAUGUCUAAAGGAGCUGAAAUAAAUCUCACAAGAAGACGUAAUGUUACGACGCAGGCGCUAGUGCAAGCUGAGGGUACAAUAACUAAGUCAUCUGGAUCGAAACCUACAGUUGACGAAGUUGAACAUUAUACAUCGGAUGAAGAAAAUACAGCUAGUGCCAACAAUCAAUUAAAAGACGAGGACUCAUUGCUUACGGUUGCUAAAGUUGCACCAGUUUUGCCAAAAGGAAAGUCCAAAGCCAAAGAGAACAGUUUUAUAUAUAAUGAUAAAAAGCAGGUACACUAUAAUAGCAAUUAUUCCAGCAAUUGUGCACUUUGUUCUUUCAAUGGGUCGGCAAUCGUUGAUCAUUACGUAUAUGAUCAUAAGCAGUACGAAGUGUUUGUCAGUCGUGUUUCUCCAAAAAUGGCAGACAUUAUUCGAGCAGAACCAUUUUUAACUAACGGAAUCCUAGUGAACGAGAGUUCUAAUGAAAAAACAAUUCGUUUUAAAUGCUUCUUUUGUCUUACUAUACAUGAAAUGACGCAAACCAAAUGGAUUGAACACUUGGCAUCGCACACUGGCGAGUACCGAUACCGUUGCACCAGUUGCCCUGUUAUGUCCCAAAAUCAAGAAUUGCCGAAUACUUUCUUUCACGAGAAGACCUGCUUGAAACCGGUGUUGGCUCUGUACAAUGUUAUCGAGUUCCAGGAUAAUCACAUAUAUGGUUAUAUGUGCGAACAAUGCAAUUACAUUCAGAUUCGUCGUGUUAAUAUGGAGAGGCACCUAAAAAGAGAGCAUCCGUCCGCAGAUGUAACUUGUAUUAGAUUUAGCAUUGUGAAUUACAAGAUUGAAACAAAACCCGUAGUAGAUGAAGAUCAAAUGAUGACAGAUUUAACGCCAAACGCGAUGAUUCCACUCCAACCCAAAGGUGAACCAGCGGAGGCAUGCGAGAUAGUCAACCAACCUUUUACUGAAGAUGAUGAAGCUGCAGAAUCGGCUGCACAAGAUGGUUCUGUUUCUGUGCUCUUACAGAGAUCAGGUAUUCGAUUAAACUCAGUGCACAUUGGUCCCGCUGGAGUCUACGGACGCUUAGAGCAUCGGCCUUUUAUUUUCAAAGAAGAGCAAGAACUGCAAGGUGAUCAAAUUAGUUCAAGUGAUAAUUUCUUUGAGUCACCUGGGUCUCCUGAAAUGGUAUCAUCGGAAGCUCAAGCCGUUGUACCAAUUCUGCAGAUAGAAUCUGUACAAGGAGGAAUUCAUUUGGGCAAGAGUUUAUUUAAACUGGAGCCCCGAGAUGCCGAUUAUGAUUCUGAUGCUAGCGAUAAAACGACCGACUUCAACAUGUCUGAUGCUACUGAAGAAGGUCAACAGAGUGGUGAGAAGACCAACACAGGAACAGGUAGCGCUGGAGGUAACACUGGAGGAGGUGCUAGCGGAAAUCCUGAUCAGUCAACAGACAACAGUGGAAGUACUGGUGCAUCUGGAAGCAAUAAUGGUGGCGCAGGUGCUGGUGGUGAUGGGGGAGAUGAACGUAAGCCGAGUGGAUUUCCUGUUCCCGUUAAAGUAAAAGUUGAGAAAAAAGACGAGGAAAAGGAGAAGAAAAAGGAAGAAGAAGAGUUGACGACAUCUCUCGAAAAAGUUGUUAUCAAAACGGAGAAAACGGAUAAUUUUCCGGAAGAACCACCGAUACCUGAGUAUGACUUUGUUGAACUUGUAUUGGAUAGCACCAGAAUCGAACACGUAGCUUACCUCGAAAAGCAGGGUGAUAUACUACAUCUCUGUUUGAUGCCUGGGUGUAAAUACAUUUCAAAGAAUCCUUCAGAUUUUACUAGCCAUAUUUCGAAACGACAUAGCCAAAUCGUUUGGGAUGGCUACUGUUACCCGUGCCAGUCUCAAAUUGUGAUAAUGGAUAAUUGCACGAUUGCGAAUGAACUACAGCAUUUAUUAGAAGUACAUGCUCGGAAGAAAACUCCUACUCCAGAAAUCGAAACACGCCCACCUGUAUCAAACGUGAUUCGCAUACGCAAAAUGCCAGGAGAUACUUUGUCUAUAACAGACUCCAAUCCACCUCCAUUAACGCCUCUUACACUGCCAGUGUCGUCUACUGCUCAAGGAGGACCUUCGCCCAUCACAUUGGGUCAGCCGGGACAUCUUAUUAUUCAAUCUAGCUCAACUAUCUCACCUAUGGCUUUGGGUAAUAACGCAAUUAUUACACCGACACAUACGAUUCCUGCUCAAAUUCGACCAAUCGGGAAUCCGAAUAUAGGAGCAACGAUGACAUCUUCAAACAAUAGUUCUUCGACCAUGACUGCCUCAACUAACUCUGCUGCGGUACCAUCAGUGGUAAAUCUUCGUAUAAACACAGUGCGUUUAAAACCCUGGACAAAUAUGGUUACUACAAAAAACCAAGAGCACUGCCGUAAUAUGCUUGAAGAAACAAGCUUACUCUGUCUAUACAAAUGUAUGGCUCGAUCAUGCGCGUUUACAACAAACAACCGAUAUUUCAUGGAACAACAUUUAAAUUUGCAUGAAACCCGAUACGUAUCGGGUCCAAGUGCACCAAGGAAAUGCUGGUUGGAGUGCGCUUACUGUGAACUAAUAGCGCCCAACUGUACUGUCCUGCUAGUGCAUAUUGAUCAGGAUCAUUCCACGUGCGGAUUCCAGUGCAACUUGUGUUUCUACCGUAGUCGUGAUCCCACCAACGUCGUUGUACACCAGAAAACUUAUCAUCCCACUAAUCUUACAACGAAAAAUAUCCUCAUCAUGCCAGAUAAUCUGCAAAGCUUCGGUGAUGACGAAUGGCGGUCAAUGCAGGAAUCCUUGCGGAAGAAUGUUCUUCCACUGCACUGUACCAUUUGCAAGGAAUCGUAUUACAUCCUGUCAGCAUACAUGAGCCAUCUGGCCGGACACACUCAGAGCUUCGUGAAGUGCCAGGUGUGCAAUCUAAAUAUUGACAAGAAGAGCAUGGCUCGUCAUCUGUUGCUGCAUUCUAUCGGAUUGUAUGAAUGCGUGUACUGUCUUUUCGGAGCUAAUACCAAAUCAACGAUGGCGUUACAUGUUAGCAAUGCUCACUGCUCCAAACCUUUAUACUGUUGUGUGCGAUAUAACAAGAAGAGGUCCGACGGUGUUGAUUUUCCGCCAAACAAGAUUGAAUCGAUGGAACUAAAAACUAUGAGUUGUAAUGUUUCACCCGACCUUUUCAAGCGAUGUAUCUACACGUCGGAACAAUUGAACUUCAAACCGGUAGACCUCAACACAAAUCAAACAAUGGGAUACACAAAACCUGUUCAAAAAGUUGUUUCUGGUACUGUCGCAACACCUGUUAGUAACCCGAAUAACCCAGCGCCGAAUAUUCAAAUUCAAAUAACUGAUGAAGCUGGAAGGCCAUUGAUUAUCUCAAUUCCUGUGCAAAACAGCGCACCCAAACCAUCAGCACCAGUGCCAGUUCCAGUGCCAGUGCCAGCACCAGCGCAAUCCUCACCGCUUCCUGUUCAAAUUGCGCCUACGGUUCAAAUGCCAAUGAUUACUACGGUCCAAGGAGGCGUACCAAUAUCACCACAACCACAACAGCAACAUCAUAAUCAAUCUCCACUUCCGGUCAUCAGCAGUGUACAGGGUAUGGCGACACUACCACCAUUAGCGGCUAUUCAGCGGGUAAAUGACAGUCUGCCAGUCAUUAGUAGUGUCCAUAGUGUUGCACAAGGACCCACUGGUUCACCAUUAGCCAUUAACAAUGCAGCCACUUCGAACGUGCCUAUGCUAACGAACAUUGCCGCUUCCGGAUUAGGCAUUCUACCACAUAUUCCAGGUAUUACAAUUACAGCCAAACCAACCACAACCACAGCAGUCACAUCCAGCUCCACGGUAACCAGCACUCAACCAACAAAUCCCGUUAGCAAAGACCAGCCACCGAUGGUUUCUGUGGCAGAUAGUAUCUCAUCAACUGGAAGUUUAGUGCCGAAAUCUACAUCAGAAGAGCAGGCAACUGACAUAUAUGCAACAACGGUGGCUGAAGCGGAUACCCAAUCUAGCAACAACGUAAACACUCAGCAGAACGAUAAUACUGUUUCGCUGGAUUCUGAUGAUGAAAUGCGAACUAUCGGGGAUGGUGAAUCUAGCAGCAAAAGUAGUACUCCGGUUCAUUCGCAUUCGCCAAUUCCGGGUGGAAAGAGUUCGACUGGUACAUCCCAAAAGAAAUUUUCUAGUACCACUCAGAUUCGAAUCGAUUUUUUGUUCAAAGGAACAAUGGAACGGUUCGACCGGCUGGAGCAAAAAGUUGGUCAAAUGAUUAAACAUACUGGAUUUUGUGGCCCGGAGUUGAAUGUGUGCGGAGUGGAAAAAUGUGCCAGUCGUUUUAGUGAUCCCGUUAAACUAAAUUUGCAUCUACUAAAGCAUCAUAAUGUUGGAAACUACAAGUGCUAUCACUGUACCGAAAAAUUCAAAUCGGCACAUGAGCUGAUUACGCACAUAAAGACGCAUGGUCGUCAUCGGUAUAUGUGUUUUAUUUGCGACCGAAAGAGUCAUUUCCUAAAGAUGAUGAUUCUACAUGUACAACACGACCACAACAGCAAGGAUGUAAUUCUGACUUAUCUGCACCCGAAGAAGCGUGAUAUCCAUAAUGAUUUAGUGGUAAUAUGUCCGCAGAACGUUACAGGCGCUCAGCUGCAGGCUUACAUUGACAAAAUUUUGAAGGACGACGUGAGCGGUGGUGUAACAGCAACGGUCGCAGAGAAAAAGAAAUUUGGUGUAGAAGACAUCGAUCGGUUACCUCUGCAAGAUAUUUAUCUGGAAGAUGUUAGCUGUGCCCAGUGCGACUAUUCAACAAAGAUAAGGAAAAACCUACGACGACAUCUUGAGAAACACUUGGAUAAUUCCAAAGGAACAGUUUCACCAGAUAUUCUUUCUGGCGGAUGUGUAAACGUGCCACAAAUGGUUUUGCCGAUUAAGUUGUAUCUAUGUGGUAUUUGCCAAUUCGAUUGUCCCCCCGUACUUACUGACUUUCGAACUCAUCUCUAUCGAACGCAUCGAAAGGAGACAGUAUACAGGUGUCCACAUUGUGAGGCAUCAUUAAAUGAAGGUCCUAUUUGCAUAGACAAGAUUAUUAACCAUCUCAAGCUUCAUGGUGAAAACUUGUACAAGUGUAGCGAAUGUGAUUUUUACCGAGAUGAACGAUAUUUAGUACUUGCUCACAUUAAGAAAAAUCAUAGCUCUGUGGUAACGGCAGCUGUAAAAAUCAUUCGUGAGGCCCGUUCGUUGGCUGGUGCCUCCAAAUCGUCCUGGCAAUGCGAUUUAUGCGAAUCGUUGUGUACAACCCGGGAAGAAAUAGUUAUGCAUAUGACGGCCGAUCAUAAACUGACUGAUAAACAGUACAAAUGCUCCCAAUGCUCGUAUAAAUCUUCUGAUCACGAUUCUUUCAAACCACAUUUUUCGGAACAACACCCGAAUAGUGAGAUUUUGAUAAUUGCUCUAUUCCAUGAAGUGCCCUCGGCAGACACCGUUGCAGCCAUAAAAACUGAUAUCGAUCAGAGCUCAACCAUGCCAUUCGAUGAGAACAAAAAAAAUAAAUUUGCUUGUGGCAGUGAAAAUUGUACUUAUUCUUCAACUAAUUUAGAGGGGGUGAAGCGUCAUUUCAUGAAUUGUCAUCCCGAUCAAACACUGGCUGUGUACGACGAAUCUAUCACCGAUAAGGAGAAGCGCAAACGUUUUGAUUAUUUUGUAAAGUAUGUUUGUAAUCACUGUCAGUUACAAUGUGACACAAUCGAUGACGUUGUUGAGCACUGGAGUUGUAAGCACAAAAAUGAGGUUAAAAAACCUCUAAUGUUCAAGCUCUUCAAAUUAGUUCGUUGUUUCUAUUGCGAUAAACUUUCGUCGUAUUACGACAUUAAAAUGCACGCAACUGUAAGUCAUCCGGGGCAAACGUUCGCUUGCGUGGAUCAUCAGAACGUGUUUAAAUGCGGCGAAUGUCCGUUUGUGCUGACUGGUGUUAAGAUCGAUCUACUGAAGCACUUCAAAAUCUAUCACAGUGCAAGUAAGAAUGAAGAUCCUUGCGACUAUAUAGAUGAUGAGUUUUUACAUCGUAUGCUGGAGCAAAAUAACAGUACUUAUACGUGUAACCACUGUAAAUUAACAUUCGACAGUCGUUUCGAGUACGAGAACCAUAUUGAUGUAUGUUCUUUGGCUGGAUUACCCGCAUCUUUUUCACUUAGCUCCAAGUCGGUUCGUAUACGUUACAUCUGUAGUUGUUGCAAUGAAAUGUUUGCUGACGAAUAUAGUAUCGCCAAACAUAUGCGAACGCAUUUGGCACAGUACAACUGUCGAUAUUGUAAGCGUGAAUUUAAACAGCUAAUACAUCUUAAUCACCAUCAGAUGACUCUGCACAAUGCAAAAGAUACGGAAUUUCUCACGAAAGAUCUUAAUCAGUAUCGAAACUUUUUCCUGAAGAUAAAAAUGCUCUUUCCAAAUGGAUUGUUGCUAAGCAAAGUUGAUGCUUAUCGAACAGUUUGUGGGUCCGUGGAAGAUAUUAUCAAUUACGCUCGAAGCUGCAAUGAAGAUGAGCACAAAGAAUUGAUGUACGAGCGGGCCAUUGAAUUGCCCCUUCAUUAUCGAAACGAUUCCGGUAUUAUUGUUAUUACACCGUGCAAGGAGUUUCUCACUUCCCGACCCAAAAUGCUCAUUAUGCUGGAUAACCUCGACGACGAUCAGCUAAAACACCUCAAGGAGCAAGCUUAUUUGUUGGCGAAGGCUUCUGGAGAAGUGAGUGACGAUCAAAUGGUGCUUGUACCAAACUCAACACGUAACGCACGUAAUAUUGAUCGGCGGAAAAGAACUCGUACACGAAGAUCUUAUAAGCGGAUAGCUAGUUCCAAUUCAGAAACGGAUGACGAGGAUGAUGACGAUUGGCAGCCAGGCACAAAGCGUAUGAAUCUGCGAACAAAGACGAGCAAAUCUUUUGCUGAUCGGGAUUUUAUAGUGUCGGAUCAUGAAUCAGAGUCUGACGACGAUUUUCUCAUUAAUCUCAAAAAAGAACGUUUGUAGAGAUGUUUUCACUAUUAAUUCAAUAAUGGCGUUGAAGUCAAUAUCGGAGUUACUAUAAAUUAGAAGUUAUGUUAGCGAUUCAUGAGAAGUAAAUAUACUAAGCUGGAAUCGUG